CGUUAACAUAUCCUCGCAAAUGCUGCAACUAUCGAGAGGGCAAGAGUUAUGACACUGUAUGGAAUUGCCCGACACCAGGCCAUCUUCGAGGCAGAGGCCGUAUAUAAAAACAACGUUAGCCAUAAAUCGAUAUCUGAGAAAACAAUGAUAUAUGGAAUCAUAAAACAGUAAGAAUAAAAUCCUAUGUGUAAAUACAUCAUGAAUAUACAGUGUGAACACUUAAAUAUAUCUCUUUUGUGCCGUGCAUAUACAACUCGUAAAUAGCUUCAAAACAAUUUAAUCUAUCACUCUUAUCUUUCACAUUUUAGCUCGUUACAUUUAACUCGCCACGAAAAAAUUUUUAAAAGAACACGAAUAUAAAUUCAAGUGGCACUGCACGUGCCAAUUUACACAUUAAUUUGCAUGGUUGUAUUUAUGUCAGACAGUACAAUGUUAUCGCGGCAUUCGAGGCUACAUGUACAAAUGGCGAGUGAAACUGUUUGCAUUAUCAGAAAAUUGCGCGAAGUAUAAUGUGACUUUAGCUAUAUAUAUCGCUUCAAAAAUAUUGCCGUACAAUUUUGCAAUAUAACUUCUACUAAAUUACGGAAACUUUUUGAACAUGAUUCAUUUUCUUAUCUAUGUCCAAUUAUUAUAGGCGGAUACAUAUAAGAGAGAUCACGAGUAAAGAGAUGCAAUUGAAAUAAAUUACAUUAUCGUAUACAUAUACAUUUCAUGAAUACAAAAAUACGAAUGCAUAAUGAACGAAAAAAGAUUUACGAUAUUUCGAACUGACUGUUGUUUAACACUCAGAAAUUUCUGCAUAAUUUUAUCGAUCCGCAAGUAUAAAAAGGUAGCACUAAACAAGUAGACGAGUCAAUUUAUUCGUUUCGCCAAGAACUUAUUGGGGUACAGAAAUUACUAAAUAAUUUUCGAACUGAUUAUUAUUUACUAAUUAGUAUUAUCAGUUAGAAGUAUGCGUAUUUUUAUGCUUUUGUCGUUAGUUUUCGUAAGCAAGAUAUUAGCACUACCGACAUAUAAAAGACAAGUUCGGGGUAUUUCAUUCUCAGAUGAUGCGUCAGUUUCUGCAGGUUUAGGCGGAAUAGGAGGAAAAUUAAAAAAGAAUAUUGGUGUGACAGUACCGCACAGUUUAUUAAAUAUAUUUGGAUUGAGCGAUGAGUCAGAUAGCAACGAAAUAGGCUUAAAUAUCGAAGGAGGAAUAGGGCUCAAGCCAAAAUUGUCGCUUGGUGGAGGUGAUGCAGGCUUUGGAAUAUCGCUUGGCGGGAAGGGCGGUUUGGAUAUUGGAAUGUCGGGCAACCACAACAAGAGACCUUCAGAAAGAGAACACUCUGAUAAACAUGACAAAUCCAAAAAACACGAAAAAUCUGCAGAAGAAUCUAAUAGUAGUGGAAUUUGGGGAUCGAUUACUCAUAUUUUUGGUGGAAACGCUGAAAGCGACCAUGCAGAUCACAAGACAUCACUUGAUACCGAUAAAAUAUCUGCUGAUCUUGGCGGUGGGAUAUCAGCUGAUGUCACAGGUAAAAAAUAUAGAGAACAUGAAGAACACAAAGAACACCACACGAAGCAUAACGGAUCGAAAGGACACCAAAGCUCAACAAGUAUGAACUGGACUGCUGAUAAACAUUUAGAAGAAAAUAAGAAUAGUUAUUGGGACGAAGGAGACAUAAUUGUUAUACCACUCUCGGAUAGAGAAAAAUCAGAUGAAGAUGUCGAUAGAAAUGGAAAUGAUAACAGUCACGUAAAAAAAUCAUCAAAAGAAAAUAAAAUUAAAAACAGUGGAAAAAAGAGAGAGAACGGCAAUGAUAUGGAGAGAGGAGAAAAUAUCACGAUAUUACAUGGCAAGGAUGGACAACACAGUGGCAGCGAUAAAGGACGUAACAAUAGAAACGGAAAUAGUAACAGUCACGUAAAAGGAGGAAGCAUCGUAAUAUCACACGGAGAUAACGAAACCAAGGAGCAAAAAGCGUCAAAACAGACUACAACUAAGAAAAGUGGAGAAAAAGAAGGGAACAACAGCAAUUAUGAUAAAGGUGGACAAUCUGGUGAUCAUGCAGGAGGUAGAAAUAAUGAUGUAAAAAGAGAAAAUACUAAUCAUAAUAACGGGGAAGAUGUGAUUAUUAACGGAAGCCACAGCAAUGAAAACCGAAAUAAGAAUUCCACAGGACAUGAUGGUGUGGUGGCAGGCAAAAAAUCAGAUAUAAAAAAGACUAAUGGACUUUUAUGUAAUUAUGAUGAAAUUCUCAGUACUGGAAAAUGUGGUAGCAACAUUAAAUCUACAUUACAGCUCGUUCAAACGUUUAUCCGCAGUUUCGAUGUUAUCGUUCAUUUCUUAUUAGAGCAAAAGGGGAACGAUUUGCGCAAAGUGUUAUGCCAAGUUUUACCACAUAAUAGUAAGCUUUCCUGCCAAUUGGGUUGUGAUGUUCUUCGUGUCAAACCAAUUUUGAAAUACUUCUGAAGCGAUAUAUUUAUAAUAUCAUAUUUGUUAUCUUAGCAAUAAUUAAUUUUUGCAUUGAUAACAUAUAUACAUUAUUAUU